UUAUUUAGUUCUGUAGAGCUCAAGAUGUCGGAAAAGCAAAGAACGAGCCCGAUUAAAAACUUUUUAUCUGGUGGUGUUGGUGGCAUGUGUUGUGUUGCUGCUGGCCAUCCUUUAGAUACUAUUAAGGUUCGACUACAAACAAUGCCUAAACCUCUUCCAGGAGAACGUCCACUUUACACAGGAACACUUGAUUGUGCUAAGACCACAAUUGUAAAAGAAGGAUUUUUUGGUUUAUACAAAGGAAUGGGUGCCCCCAUUGUAGGAGUUACACCAAUGUUUGCAAUUUGUUUUUUUGGAUUUGGUGUUGGAAAGCGUUUGCAACAAAAACAUCCCGAAGAGGAAUUAUCGUUAGCACAACUUUUUAAAGCAGGAAUGUUAGCUGGUGUUUUUACAACUGCAAUAAUGACACCAGGUGAACGAAUUAAAUGUUUAUUACAGAUUCAACAAGCAUCUGGAGAUAAAAAUGUUAAAUAUGCUGGACCAAUUGAUUGUACAAAGAAACUUUAUCAAGAAGGUGGAAUUAGAAGUAUUUAUAAGGGAACUGCAGCUACAUUACUAAGAGAUGUUCCUGCUAGUGGCAUGUAUUUUAUGACAUACGAAUGGUUACAGAGAUUAUUAACACCUGAAGGCAAAAGUCGUAAUGAUUUAAGUCCAUUGCGAACUCUGUUUGCUGGUGGAAUGGCUGGCAUAUUUAAUUGGAUGGUGGCAAUUCCUCCGGAUGUUUUGAAAUCUCGCCUUCAGACAGCACCAGAAGGAACUUAUCCUAAUGGAAUAAGAGAUGUGUUCCGUCACACCAUGAAAGAAGAAGGUUUCAGAGCAUUGUACAAAGGAGCCACACCGGUUAUGUUAAGAGCUUUCCCUGCUAAUGCUGCUUGUUUCAUGGGAUAUGAAGUUGCUAUGAAGUUUCUCAACUGGAUGGCACCAAAUCUUUGAUAGUCAUGAUUCUUAAAUGAUGAUAUUAGUUCUAAUUGAAUAUUAAUAAUUUUAAAAUAAAAUAUAUACACAUAUUAUUUUGAAAAAUUAUAAUCAAAAUCUUUAAUUUUAAAAAAUUAUGCCAGCACAUCUACCUAGCUUUAUAUACUGUCCACAUUGAAGACAAUAUUUAAUCAGUGCCUUUAGUGAAAAUGUUACAAAUAUAUUGUAUUUUGUACACCUUUGCAAAGCAUUUCUAAUAAUGUACAGUUUUGCAGUUUAUAUCUUACAAUCAAUCAACAAUUAUUAUAUAUAUAUAUUAAUUAUAUUUUAAAAAUGUUGAUUUCAGUGAUUUGUUAAGUUUAAAUAUGUGAUUGUUAUUAAAAACUUUAUAUAAAAUAUUUGUGCUAAUUUGAUUUAUUACAGAAAGCUGUAAAUUAGAAAAGAUAUUUAGAGCAUGCAUAGUUAAUUCAAAUUAAAGCAUGUAGUAACAUUGAUUCAAUAAAUUUUACUUUUUAUAAGCGAAAUAAAAUUUUUAUAGAGUAUCAAAUGCAGUCUUGAUUAAAAUUUAUCUUUGUUUCAAUGGGGGAAAUAUUAUGUAAAUCUUAAGCCAAAUGUAUUGAAGAAUUAUCAUUUUGACUUGUGAAAAUUUUAAUUUGAUCAGAUACCAAUAAGAAUCAAACAUUAUUACAUGUUAAAAUCUUUAAAGUUUACAUUCAUUUCUAUAUAAACAUAAUUGUUGUGAUAAUCAAAAAUAUUUAUAUUCAUAGAAUUACAUUGGUUACACAAUUUAAAAAAUGGCACAUAUAAUGCAAUUGUUUAAAACAAAUGUAAGUAUUAGCACCAACAAUUUAUUAUUAGAUCAUCAAUAUUAUUAUUACAUCCAAUAUCAUACAUAAAAUCUCAUUCAUAAAUUGGUUUGAUUGUAGAAAACAAGAUUACAAAUAACUUAUAACCAAUUUUAGGGCAUAACAUUUAAUCCUUGUCCAACGAAAGUCCUCCUUCUUAGACUUUGGUCUUGACUCGAAUGUUUCUUUUUUAACGAUUUAAAACUGAAACCAGAGUAUAUGUAUCAAUUAGAAUUAUAUUACAUUGUGCAGUUCGGUGAAUCCAAAUUAUUACUAAUAUAAAUACCUCAAAACCUGAUAAUUGUAUUAAAGCCAGUGAUUACAGGAUUAAAUUGAGUUACAUUAUUGCUACUAAUAAUUAUUAAAUACAGAGUAAUUUGGCACUAGAGGUAUAUAUAUACACCAUGGAGUAAAGCAAUAGUUAGCUGAGUGCCAUAGUGGGUGAUUACAGGCCAUGGGUGCUGAGGCAUUCCUAGUGGGCACUGUGAGUAACUAGUAUGGUUACAUCCAAUUUAAAUAUGUUUGGAAGCUAAGGAUUGGAUGGAGGUCAGGUAGCAUAACUAGCAAUGCAUUUUGGUGCACAGUAAGUGGUAGUUGCAAGUUUGAGUCCUGCUUUGGGCCACUUCUCUUCAAGAAUUUUCUAAAUUUAAUAAACAGAUGGUGCCUAAUUACUGGAUUAGUAGCAGUAAUGUAGUCUGAUUUAAUCAUUUGGCUUUAUCAUUAUUAUGGAACAUUGAUAAAAAAUUUUGUAAAUCAAUUCCAAGUCUAAAUGUCAAAUUACCAAAGUGAAAACCAAAAUUUAAUAAAGUACAAAGAUCAAUAUUUAUAUUAAGAAAUUCAAGCUUUUUCCUUAAACUUAAGUCAAAAAUCAAGCAGAUUAGAAAUUCUCAAUUAUUAUGCAAACUAUUCAGUAUUAGUGUCUGUAUUUUUGAUCUGACUUUUAAAAAACUGUUCAUAUUAAUUAAAAAAAGACCAAAAUUUAAAUGUGAAUAGUUGGUGUUUACACUGUCUGCUUGCUUUACCACAGUUAUUUUAAACAUCUGGGUAUUAACAAUUUGAAAAUUAAUACACUGCACAUUCACUAGCCCAAACAUAUUUGUUUAUUUCUCCACCUUAAAUUUUCCAGCCAAACAAAUAACUGUAAAGUAAUUUGUGAUUUAUAUCAGUUUUUUUUUCAUAAACACACUCAUUGAUAAAAAAAAAAAAGUUACACACUAAGGAGCAGGCCUUGAACCAAAUAAAACUUCAAAAACUAUUGGUUUGCACCAGUGAUGAUGGUAAAUAAAUAUCAUAGAAAAAUGUACUGUUAUUUCACAAGAAACUGCCCAAAUUAAAUGAACUUCCUUUUAUCUGGAUUCCUGCGGCAAUAUGCUCAGGUAUGGAGACACCAUAUGCUAUCCUGCAACAGAUUUUCCCACAGAUAUUGCAACUAGGGAUUUUUUGGUUCCGAGUAAUAAGACUUGAUAUUCAAUCUAAAUCUUGAUGAAUCACAGUCCAACAUAUUAAAUAGAAAUUACUAAUAAUGCUUCCAACAGUCAGUGAAAAUGUAAGAAAAUAGAAUUUAAAAUUUGAAU